AACACAAACAGAAACACAACAAUCACACCUUCAGUGAAGCUCCUCCCACAACAAUCACACCUUCAGUGAAGCUCCUCCCACUGCAGUUCAGCAAUAAAUGCUGGAAUAUUUCCAUCAGUCUACAAGUGAAGACGAGCAUCAGAGCAUCAGGAAGAAGUGAAAUCUGCAGAGACAGAGUUUAUUGAAGGACAGAGAGAACAUGAGAGAUCCAGAACCCUGCAGAAUGAAACACACUGAAGAACAAACAGACCUAAUGAAAGAGAAACAACAGCAUGUCAAAACUGGAGAAAAAACUCUCUCACAGAGUGAAAGUAUUUCUUUACUGAAAAGAAGAGACAGGAAAAGUUUCACCUGCACUCAGUGUGGAAAGAGUUUGACAGACAAACACAAUCUCAGUGUUCACAUGAGGAUCCACACUGGAGAGAAACCAUUCACAUGUGAUCAGUGCGGGAAGAGUUUCACACAAAAAGGAAACCUUAAGGACCACAUGAUCAUCCACACUGGAGAGAAACUGCAUGAAUGUGAUCAAUGUGGAAAAACAUUUUUGAGGGCUUCAAACCUGAAGGAGCACCUGAGAGUUCAUACGAAGGAGAAACCACAUUCAUGUUCUUUAUGUGGAAAGAGUUUUUCACAGCCGCAAUAUUUAAAAAGACAUCAGAAGAGACACACUGGUGUGAGAGAUUAUAUGUGCUUUGAAUGUGAGAAGACUUUUAUUACAGCUUCAGAUAUGAAACGGCACCAGAGGAUCCACACUGGAGAGAAACCUUACAAGUGUUCACACUGUGACAAGAGAUUCAGUCGGUCAGAACAUCUGAAAUCACAUGAGAGGAUUCACACUGGAGAGAAACCGUAUCACUGAACUGCAUGCUGGAAGAGUUUCGCUCAGUCACCUUCUCUAUGGAGUCAUAAACUAAACAAUCACAUUAAGUAGUUUAUUUUCAGGUCCACUGCUUUCAAGUGCUACACCGCAUCUCUUCCAUAUUAAUCUGUGAUAAGAAACAUAAUCUAAAUUAGUCACAGUGAAUAAAGUUCAUCUUCAAGACCAGCAGUUUCUGAGAGAUUCAGAUCAACUCAAACAGAGAGUUCCUCCCCAAAGAACAAUAUCUAAAAUGUUAUUGUUGUAUACAACUUUGCUUUAUGAUAUAAAAUAUAUUAUUAUGCUUUAUUACGAGUUUCAUUUUAUGUUCAAAAUGUUCUUCUAAUGUAUAUUCGUAAAAGGUUGUUACAGGUUCAAAAUGUUCUUGUUCACUAAGCUGAAAAAGAGGCUGAUUUACUUUUAAUUUCAUCUUCACUGCUGUUUUUUAAACAAUUAGUUGUUCUUCCUCUUAUGGUGUGUUUUACAAAAUGCAGGUGUAAGAUAUUCUGUCAUGUAGGUUUGCAUCUGAUCCAUCUUCACUUUUAUUCACUUGAGAUGCUUUAUAUCUUGUUAGUCAAUAAAGAGAGAUCUGUCUUUUACUUUAUAUUUGCUUCAAUUAUUAAACUUUUGUUGUC